AUGGCUUAUAAUAACGAUGCAAUUGAAUAUUAUACAUCAUUAAAAUCUUCUAUAAAUGAAAUAUUCGAUAUAAAAUUGAACGAAACAAAACAACGAUUUUAUGAUAUAAAACGAGAUCCACAUAUUGAAAUAAUUAAUUUUGAAGCAAUUAUUGAAAAACGACCAACAGAAAUUGAUGAAACAUCAAUACGUGUUCUGAAAUAUAAAUCACCAUCUUUUAUAGCAACAGUUAGUUUUCGUUUUCCACCGAUUCAUUCGAAUGAAUGUUGGAAAGUAGGCUUUGUCCAAGCAUGUGAUUUUAUGUUAUUUCAUAACCAAUAUGGUGAUCUUGGCUAUUCAUCAUGGGAAUUUCCACAAUUGGUUGUUCGUGAUGCAUCAAUGAUUAAUGAUAGUUGUGGAAGAAAUUUUCCAUGGUAUGGAUCAAAAAAUCAAGGUAAAAUAAAUAGAACUAAACCUUUACUUAGUAAAGUAUAUGAAAUCUUUAUAGUGACAAUUCAAGGUCCACUCUAUCGACAAUCUGAAUAUACAAUAAGUAUGCGUGAUUUAUUUGUACCAUGGAUUCCAUGGGAUAUUCCAACAUGUGAAGGUGAACAAUCAUAUUUAACACAUAUUUAUCGACAUCAACGAUUUUAUGUAUGGUUAUGUGCAAUGAAUUGUACGAAAAAUGAAUUAUUAAUAAUUCGUACAAUACGUUGGACACAAACAAUUGAAAUUGAUAUUAAACCUGAUCUUUAUCGUGGAAUGCGAGCUAAACUUAUAAGUAAUCCUGUACCAGAUCAACCUAUUUUUCUUAAACGAAAUAUAUUUAUUCCAUCUUGUGCUUUACAAGAACCAUCAGCAAAUAAUGCUCAAUUACUUAUAUGGCGACCAACAAAAGGUGAUCCAAUUGUUGUCGUUAAUUCAAAACAUCAUGAUACUAGUACAAAAAAAUAUUUACAUCUUUUAAACAAUAAUAUAUAA